AUGAGAAGCAAUUCUCAAUCCCAAACACGUCGAAUUGAGCCUCGAUUUCCUCCAGAAACCUGGAACGUGAAUCAGAGCACUCUCUCAGAUGAAGAACGAACAAAUAAUCAAUGCGAAGGUUGGAAUCAUCGUUUUUCUAAUCUGGUUGGGAAUAAACACCCAUCAAUCUGGCCGACUCGAACAAAAAUGGGAAAAUUCAAAAAACUAAUAUUAAAUGACACGUGUCAAUCCAACCUGAUUCCAGAAUGUAUUCAAUGGGAUAUAUCUUCACCAUACUUUAAGGAAUCCUUAGUUAAUUUUAUCAGAUUAUCUUGCAAAAAUAAACACCCCAAAUGCAUAUGCGAAAAAAGUACGCUGACUAUUUUGAUAGAAAAAUAUCGUAUAAAUAACACAUUCGUUCCUGAUUGUAAAGGUGACGGUUCAUACAGUGAGGUGCAGUGCCAUUUCAAUACCGGUUAUUGUUGGUGCGUCGACACUAACGGCAAUCCUAUGUCAGGCACGGCAACAAUUCAUCAGACUCCCUCUUGCAAUAUUAAGGUCAAGAUGGCGCGAAAUGUUCGUGGAAAUAAACGGAGACGGAAAAGAAAAUGCAACAGCAAGGACAGAGCCGAUUUCAUAAAAGCAGUGGUUAAAUAUUUUAUCAACGAAUUCGAAAAAACUCAUAAAAAUCAAAGUACUCCUCAUGCACAUAUGAAAAGGCGCAAAAAUAAUAGGUAUGGGAAAAAUAAAAAGAACCACAUAAUAACCUGGCAAUUCUAUCAAGUAGACACGGAUGGCGACCAUCAAAUUACCCGUAGAGAAUUGAAAAUCCUUAAAAAAAAGUUGAAACGUGCCAUGAUACCCAAAAAUUGCUUGCGAAUAUUUGACGAAGAUUGCGAUUCAAAUAAGGAUUCUGAAAUAUCUAUUAAAGAAUGGAACGCAUGUCUUAAUCUGUAUCAAAGAAUUUCUUUCCGCUUGUUUCUAUCGCUUAGCACUGAAGAAGAAGAUUUUAACGAAAAUAUAGACUCAAAUCAUAAUAACGAUAUCAUCAACGGACCAUCCUUGUACCACAAACAAAUGAAUUUCGACUCUUUAUCCAAAAAAACUCUGAUGGUGCCAACUAUUCUAAAAACCACUAACGUAAAACCCGACUGUCUAACUGAAAGAUUGAAAGCUUUAAAGGACGAAGAACUUAAUCCCAGAUCUGGAAUAUUUGUUCCCAAUUGUACCAACGGUAAAUACGCUUCGGUACAAUGCCACAAAGGCACUGGAUAUUGUUGGUGCUCUAAUAAGGAUAAUGGUCGACCCAUACCUGGUACAUCGAGAUUGGAUUCAAACAUUAACUGCGAAACUAGAGAAAAACUGAAUGUUAGGCAGAUCAAAGGUUGCUUAAACACUUUAAAACAGCAGUUCCUCGUUAAACUUAUUGACGAAUUAUCAAAGGAAAUGGUAAUGGAAUACACUCGCGACCCUAAAAACUUUAUAUCGUGGCUUAAAGAUGAUCAAUCACUCGAAGAAAAAUCAGUGAGAUGGAAAUAUUUCAAAAUCGAUCAAAACAAAAAUGGAGUACUAGACAAGGCGGAAUGGCCAUUAUUCAGAAAAACCAUUGGAAAGAUCAAAAUAUAUCGUAAAUGUGUCCGUAAUUUUCUUCGUUUUUGCGAUAUCAACUCCGAUAAGCGAAUCACGAUAUCAGAAUGGCUGGAUUGUACUGGUUGUGUCAAAACAUCUUAA